AUGAAAUCCUGCAAGCUAUUAACCGUAAUUCUAUUAACCCUUUUCAUAUACACACAAUAUUCUGCCGCAACACCUCAUCCGGAUGGCACACCCUAUUGCAAGGAUGCAGAGUAUUCGCCAGAUCCUCACCCCAAAAUUUUUGUCCCAUGCCCAAUGGAAACCACGCCUCCAGUCCAACGACGACAAAAUACCGCAAAUGCAACAAAUAUGUUUCAAAUAACACUAACGUGUCUCGAUCCUGAUAAAGUUAAAUGUAACAAAGUCCAACGCGCAUUCAAUCUUGCGGGCCAGAUAUUGACCGGAUCAUUGAUCUUAACCGAACCGGUUACUGUCAACGCGACAUAUACCAACUUUUGUACAAGCUUUAAUGAUUGUCCUACUAACGGGUUCUUGACACUUGGUGGUGCCGCUCCCGCCCGUACAAUUCCGCUCAAAGACAGCGACGGCAAAACUCGCUUUUUCCCUCAAUCUCUAGUGAAACAGAUCAACUCGCAAAACCAUCCACAGUUCUCCCAAUUUGAUAUCUUGGCCAUGUUCAAUUCGGUGGCUAAUUUUUGGUUUGAAGAUGACAACGUUCCGAUAAGGCAGGACCAAUCUGACUUUUCUUUUGUUAUUUUGCACGAACUGGUUCAUGGACUCGGAUUCACAUCGUCGUGGGAUGAUUACAUUAAUCAAGUACCAGAAGCAUUAACACCUGAUGUGUCCCCAGUUAGUGGAGGAGCUGGCACAUCAUUCCAGUUUGCGGAAUUUGCCUUUGACAAGUUCAUGGUUCUCACGUCUACAGGACAGAAAAUGUCGGAUAUUACAGACCAAUUAAAUGGAUUUUCUAACGGUGCCGGAGCACAGAUUCGGGAUAUAAAUGCUUUUGCGAGCGCGUUUGUUACGAGUCCGCAAUAUCAAGUCGCAAAAAAUACGUUUAAAUUUGCUAUCACCAAAGGAGCUAUGAGCUUUCUUCCACAGGGAGAGACCAACAUAAAUAACGCCGUCACCUUAGAAACUAGUUUGAAUCCUUAUCAACAAGGGUCUAGUAUAAGCCAUGUAGACUUUGCCACUUUCUCAAAGACCCCCGAUUUCUUGAUGAGGUUCUUGGCAGACAGAGGAGUUUCUCUUGGAGAUGCUAUUGUAAAAAAUGGAAACUUUAGUGGUGGAGCUGUUGGACCGAAAUUGCUUAAAGUUUUGGAAAGUCUGGGGUGA